AUAGCUCACACAGCUAGCCCAGUCCUCGAUUGUCGCACGCACGAAUCAAGUCGACGUGCUCCUUGUGUCUCUUUUCUGAAAUCGUCGAGAAUCUGGGGCUGACGUUGUACACCGCGCAUCGCUCAAAAUUCAAUUUGAUCGUUUCGCAUCUGCGAGGGGGAAAAAAAUUAUACGAAAUUUAGAAGCGUCGAUAGACGAGUCGCGUGCAUACACGAUUUUCGUCGCGUCGAAUGCGAGGACGUCGCAACCGGUCGUCCUAGAAUUUUUGAAAAUUUUGAUUAAAUUUAGUGAAACACUCUUCGAGAAAAAGAAGACCCUUGAUUUAAAUCAUUAUUUUGUAUAAAGGAAUCACAUUGCAAAGAUUGUCGAGAGAAGCGUUUUGUAUUAAAAUAUUUUCUGAUUUAAAAGUCGUUACAAAAAAAAAAAAAAAAAAGCAGAUUAUACAUCUGUUUUUACGUGGGCGAUGCUAAUAAAUUCUGUUAUCAAUAAUUUAAUGGAUUUUAACACUUACCGCUUUUAUUUCUUCACAAGAAAACAUCCCAAGCAAAAACAGAAGACAUAAUAAUCAAAUCUUGCAAUUUAGACAAAUUAAAAACGCAUUUAAAUGUCGCACACAUUAAAAAUCGAAUAAUUUCUGUCGUAACGCAGUAAGUAUAAUUACAUUAUGAUCAUCUGCGCAGUGAUGUCUAUGCAGAUCAAUAAACUGCAAUGCUUCCGACAUUCUGGCAAGAAGUUCUCGUAAGAAGUUCAUACUGCGGAAAUUAAGAAAAAAAAUGUGUCGCUUGAUCGAUCAUAAACGUCCAGUAAACGAAAAUGGAUUAAACCGGAACGUUCGCGAAAAUCUGAAUCUGUUUGAAAAUUUAAUGUUUAUAAGAAUUGAAUGAAGCACAUUUUCUAUGUCUUUCAAUCCAGAAAUAAGUUCAGUUUUAAAAAGUCAUGAAUUCUGCUCGAGUCAAAGUUUUGGACACAAAAUGCAGCUUUUCGCAAUCCAAUUGCAUCUAAAAAAGUUUUUCCAUGAAAAUGGACAAUAAAUGCUACUUAAUUCAAAAUUGUGAGUAGAAAAUGCAUUAAUUGUUACAGUUCAUCUAAAUAAAAAAGAAAAAGUUUUUAUUUAAAAAUGUGCAUCAGUUUUUGAAAGUAUUUGAAUUUUUUUAUUUUUAUACCUUCAGAAGAACUGACAGUUGUUCUUGUAUUGUGGAAUAAAAAUUAAUUUGCUCACAGGUCAGUCUAUUUUCACGAAUUUAAAGUACGCAAAUUCGGAUAGAUUCAAAAGGACUAAAAUUUUUAAACCAUUUUAAUUCAUUUUUUUUUACUGGACGACAAAUCCAAACUCUCGCGAAGACAGAUCGUCUUUUACGUAAUUAUAAGAAGCAUGUGUAAUUAUAAUUACAAGUUGUAACACUAUGAACGCUUAUUAUGGCGUCCGAUGCGUCUUUUUUCUUUUCUUUUGCGUCAGGAAAUCAUGCGAGCAAUGUUAACAAUCGCGCUGGUGUUCCUCGCGGGAUUCUUCAUCGCAGCGACCGAGGCGUCGAAGGGUCGUAAUUACCCUCAUUUCUUCAAACAUCGAAUGAAGCUGAGAGAAAUCCGCGGCUUCAAACCGGAAUACAUCUCCACGGCGAUUGGAUUCGGGAAGAGGGACAGACCCGCAGAGGCCCUGGAUCUUAGCGAGCUCGAGAGAGACCGUUUGUCAAUUUUGAGAAACCUCCCGCGUGUUGUAUCCGCGGAUGCGCUACUCCGGAUGACGCAGACGAAUCCUGCGCUGACUGGCAAACUGAUGCAGCUAUUGAUGCAGAACGAUCAAAGCGAUCAAGAAGAGUCAAUGACGGAACCUCCCGCGAGAGAGUUCGCGCAGUUUUAAUUCUUGCAAUAGAGAAGCAAAUAGCAACAUACGCAGAGGGUGACGCCCAUCUUAGGUUGUUAGACGAAACAUUCGAUACACCUUGGAAACAUACGUUCUUAUACGAUUCUCAGUUCUUCGCGUAUGUGUUGCGAAAUAUGUUGCGUAUAAUAGAUGCUGUUAUUCUCUAUUUUCUUGUAAUUCCCUCGCGAAGCAGUGUAUGUAUGUACACGAAGAAAUGACGAGACUGGAAAGACCUUUUUUUUUUCUCUCACCCGACAACCAUGCAGUUGAUCAAUGUAUAAUUAAUUACUUUGUUGUAGAACAUGUCUAAUGUAUGCAUAUAUCGAUGAUAGUAUCGUGUAACAGUUUUUUUUUUUAAUUAUUAAAACUAUAUGCAUGUCAAAGAAUAUACGAAAAUGAAAGUAGAUGAAAAAAAAAUAAAUACACAUUUUCCUCUUUAAAA